CUAAGGGGGGACAGCCAGCGAUCACGUAGGUCCAGUUCUGCACAUACUCAGAACAGGUCCUGUGUAUGCGCUGUUCCCCCACAAUUGGAUUUCUAUGUAAAUCAUCGGGUUUAGGUACAAAUCGGAAUCAGGACCAGAGUCAAUAGUAUAAUGGUGUAGUGCAUUUAGAAGCUAAGAAUCCUGACUUUUGGUAUGGGUACAAUGUAAUGGCAAGUAUGACAAUCAUCCAAGACCAAGGUUGUGCUCCCAGCAACUUAUAAAUGCUUCAUGAGGAUUCUUGUGUGACAGCUGUUUUAUGGAGGUAAUAGAACCUGGAGGAGCUGUUAUCUGGUGUAUAAUGCUGGAAUCUGACCCGCGGUCUCCAUGGCAAUAGAAUAAUUAUGACAGGAUGUCCUAUGUCUUCCUGUGUGGACUUUAACAUCUCGCACAAAGCAGGAAGCACAGCGCAGACAGUAAACAUGACCAAGUUCCUGUCUCAGGAUGACAUACAAAAGUUCAAGGAAUGUUUUUCCCUGCAUGAUAAGAAGGGAAAGGGAAAGAUUCCUGCUGAUGACCUCCUGACUGUCAUGCGCUGCCUGGGGACCUGUCCCACCCCAGGUGAAGUCACACGUCACCUACAGGUCCAGAAAAUCGCUAAAGAUGGCGAGAUAGAUUUCUCUACCUUUCUGACCAUUAUGUACCGCCAGCAGAAGCAGGAAGACCCGGAAAACGAGAUUCUUGUAGCCAUGUUAAUGACUGACAGGCAAAAGAAUGGACUCAUCCCACUGGCUGAGCUCAAAUCUAAGCUUACUAAAAUGGGGGAGAAGCUAACGCCUGAGGAAGUUGAUGACCUCCUUCGAGAUGCUGAGGUGGGAACUGAUGGGAUGGUGAAGUAUGAGGAAUUUGUGAGGAAGAUAACACUGCCCCGCCCAGAUUACUAAUUCCUCUCCUGGUUUUGUUAUGCUGAACAUUUGAAAAAUAGAUGUUUAUGUGUAAACGACACAAAAAUAGUAAUGUUAUAGCUACACUUAUUUAUUAUUAUGUAAUUGGUCAGUAGUUUCCAAACUAGGUUCCAUGGGUCACUUGUAGGGUUGGCGCGGGUUGGUGGUCAAGGACCAAGUUAAAUUACUUAUGGUAUAUGUGAUAGGAGGCAAAACCAGUGGUAUUGGCUGCCAAUCAUAAACUAUGUGGACACAUAGACUCACAAUCCUGUCCACCACCAGAUAAGUGAACAUAAGGAUGACAAGCAAACACAAUUUACUUAAUUUAAUAUUUUUUGCUGAAUUACUCUAUUAAAAAACAUUUGGCUUAAGGGUGUAGUGAAAAAAAUGUUGAUACUGUAGGGUGCUGUGAUUCAAGAAAGUUUGAGAACCACUGUAAUAGGCUAUGACCGGUAGUGAAGGUUGCCAUGUUCUGGGCUAAACAAUUAUCAAGCAUUAAAUGAAACCUGGCUAUGGCAAACAAUACUUAAGACAAGCAUGCUGCCUUAAAAAAGAACAACUGAUUUGAAAGGCGUCGGGUGCGAGUAACAGGGACUCUUCCAAAUAAAUCUUAUCUUUUUCAAGUCCUGUUUGCUGUAACCGAGCUGCAAGAAGUGAACUUGUUUUUUUUUUUUAUAAAUUCUGUUAUUUACGGAUUUGGUAUGCGUGAUCGGUCAGCAUACCUCCACCGGUAUCCUGGCAGCGGAAUGUCGGCGGGAGGUAUGGGGCCAUGCGUAACAAGCCCCUUGCAGGCUUGCUGCACUCCCCACGUUGCAGGCUUGGUGGCGACCGCAGGUUCUAUUCCCACUGUAUGGGUGUCGUGGACACCCGUGACUAGGAAUAGAUCCUGCUAGUCGGCAUGCCGACUGUCGGGAUUCUCAGGGGGCGGGAUGUAGGGGGAGGUGUUGUGACCAGCGGCCUCCUGAUCGCCGGUCUCAUAACUACAUCCCAUUAUUACAUCCUACAACUGUUAGUAAUCUACUUUGUCUUGUUUACCUGGAAUUGUUCUAAGUUUAAUAUUCACUGUUUUAUUAUGGUAUUACAAGUGUGUUUUUAGUAUGAGGUUUGCAAUAAAAAAGAAGGUAUUACACUAUC